AUGUCCAUUGCAAUAGCCUCGAUGGCAAUGGAAUUUGAUUGGUCUUCUACCACACAAGGGUAUAUUUUAUCAUCAUUUUUUAUAGGUUAUUUGACCACUCAAAUUGUAGGUGGAGCACUUUCAGAUAGAUUCGGAGGGAAGCAGGUGCUUAACAUUG